AGCGGAAGAAUAUUGCGCUCCUAAAGUCGCGCAAUAUUUACCUUGAAGAACUCGUGCAUAUUUCCCGAUACCAAGCUAAUAACCUAUAAUUAUGAACUUUUAAAUCUUAGUAAAUAAUUGAAAUAUAAAUAUUGAACAUAUUGUCAACAAUUUUGACUAUAUGAGCAUUGGAUAUGAUUAAAGAUGAAUCUCUUCAUCUCAAUGUAAUACAAAACCUAUAUUAUAUCAAAUGGCAAUGCUAUAUAUAGUUGGGUUGUUUUGAAGAAAACAAAACAGACAUUCAAACUUAAUACAUACACGUUCAUGUUAGCGCAAUAACAAUACUGAUUUGUUAAUAAAGACCUUUGUUAAAGUUGUAUACUUCUAGCAUAUGUAAUACAAUGGUAAAUAUAUUCUAUCUCUAUUCUUAGAAAUGUUUAUGAGCAUUCCUUUUCUGUAGAGAUAAUAAGCGUCUGCCUAUAAGUUUUUGAAACUUGGUUUCACUAUCACCUGACAAAAUUUCCUGGGCACCAAAGACAUCAUGCAAGGUUCUGUACAAUUUCCCUCUGCAAGUGUUCACAACACAAGGUUCCACAAUUAAGACACAUGGAUCUAAUAUAUGUGUUUUCAUAUUUACAAAUCCAUAUUUUUGCUAAUUUCAUAAGCAUGCAAUUAGCUCAGGUAAGUAUCCGCACAUUCCUAUAUUAUCGCUCUUUCUAUAUCUGCAUGCAAAAAUCGAAAUCUUGUAAAGUCAUCAUCAUUUACCAUUCUUUGAGUACAAUUUUCAGUUUCAAAAUUUUAUAUAUUUUUCCUACACAAUAUUUUCUAUGCUUCUUUAUGCUAUGCUUUCCAUUAUUGUUGAUAAUCAUACCCAUUUUACAACUUUGCGGGAAUUAUCCGGUCUGUAUAAUGAAUUUAGAUAAUUCUGGAAUUGUAACCAGCUACUUAUGACCACCAUGUUUAAAAUGUUCAUUGCAGACAAUAUCGAACAAAGAGCUUUCCUAUUAUUCGAUGGCAUGAUAUGUCUUGAUGCAAUUUCUGGUGUAAGGUCUGGUAAAAUUUCAGGACAGUUCAAAUCGGUGCGUGACUUUCUGCAAUGUAUUUUAAGCAAUUCAACAUUCUCUACAUGGAAUAUCAUGAUCGUUACUUUCCAUGAAAAAUGAAUAAAUGCUGAAUAAGCAUAUGGAGAUAACAUUUUUGAUGAUUUUCAUUACAGGUCAACUACCUUAAAUAAUCUAUAAGAUGUUUUAUUUAUUGUUUUUUAACUAAGUAAGCGGGUCACUUCAGAUAUCAACAGUAAUUUACAACUUAAACUGUUUACACAACUUGAAAAAAGAUUUUUGCUUGUGUCCUCUCGUUUACAAUUAUAUCAACACUUACCACCUGAACUGAGUGCAUGCAUGAGUUGAAAAUAUUGAUUGUAAAAUAGUGUAGGGCUUUGUUUAUAUUAUAAAAUCUUUAAUAAUUUCUUUCUCUUUCACUGAGAUUUUUUUCAUGACUUUUAGACUCUUGGGUAGUCUUGAAUUUUGAUUUUAUUAACAGACAAAAGGACGUUCAGUAAAGGCUCUUUCAAAAUGUUGAAAGUAGACUAAACUUACACUAUACUCUAUUCAAUUUAUUCAGAUGUGGAGACAUUUGAGAUAGACUACAAUUGGGGAAAUACUAAAAUCAUUGAAUAACGGUCAAUACAAGAGUUGUCCAUUUUGCUCCAGAUACUUUGAGACAGUCAUUUUUUAAAUAUAAAAUUUUUGGUGCACUUAGCUAUCAUUUCACUCCGAAAAAAUCUGUACAGAUGAUCUUGUAUUUUUAGGUAGGCUACCAUCUCUAUUAAUAGUAUAAGAGACAUUGGUUAAAUUGACUUGUUUAUAAUAGUAGAAGAAAGAAGAAUGUUUGAUGUUCGGCAGAGCCUUUCAUUUUAUUAUGUCAUUCAACUCGUUUAAUAAAUUCAAUAUGAAUAGAUACUCAGUAAUAUCCUCUACAGUAUGUGUAGAUUCAAGAAUGUUGUUGGUUUUAUUAGAUGAACCGAUUCAAAAUAAAACGUCGUUUUGAAACAGAUUAUUAUUAAAAUUCAAUAAUGAAUAACUUCCUUUUCAAAGAUUCUAUUACAUUAAUGCAUAUUUUCUGUUCUACAGUUGUGCUAUGUCUAAAAUGACGCGAUAAUUUUAGGGUAAACUCACGAUGGUGUUAGAUACGGAGUUACGAUAGGACGAGUGCACAUAUAAAAUACUGGACGAAGAGAGUUCUAUACGAUUUUUAGUUGUGUCGUGUCCAAAUAUAUCUCUGCAGUGUAAAAAAUUAAAUUACUCUUUUAUUACAUAGUCUAAUUUUUGCUAACCAUUUGUGUAACACAACAAUAAAGGUUCCAAAACAAUCACUUUUAACGUAAUCGUACACAAAAAGAAAAUCGAGUGCGGAUGGUCGUUUGUUCGUUCUCUGGCCGCAUCUUAUCGAAGAAGUGAAAACAGAUAAUAGUAAUUUCCUUCUUUGGCGACCAGCAUUGAGAGGAUAGUGCUAGGACUGGUUAGCUUGGUGUCAGUAUAAUGUGACUGGGUGGGGUAUCAUGUAGUGCGUUUACGGCGUGAUAUUCUAGUGGGGUAGUACUAUAAUAUAAGUUUAGCCUUGCGCUUACUGCUACGCGUAGACACCAGCGUUUAUAUGACUGGAAAAUUGUAAAACACACCCGCACACACCAACAUACGCGUGCUGAGUUGAUCUUUUUCAGCUACUGUGUCGAGACUUGUACAACAAGAGUCUUCGACGGCGUUUAUUACCACAAGAAAACAGGUAUAUGCGCAAAGUUCAGGGAAAGAUUUGAAAAAGAGGAAUGGAAAAGAAUUAAAUAGUGCGGGCGUAUCUGAAGAGGAAGAUGGCUCGAUUAGGAAGUCAAAAAUAACGAAAUAUGCAUCUUCAGCAAGCGCACAUGUAACUGAAGUGGUUUGGGACACAGAACAGAUCCAAAGAUAUGACACACGGAAGCAGGGCAAAGAAUUAUAUAACUCGGGCGAAUCUGAUGGCGAAAACGCUACUGUGCCGAGAGUUAAGCGCCAAGAACCUUCGACGUUAUUUACUACUGCAAGCAAUCAGGAAUUAAAGAGUGCAGGCGAAUCUGAGGACGAAGAUGGCUUGAUUAUGAAGUCCCUAAAAUCGAAGAAUGAAUCUUUUGCAAGCGUACCAGUCACAAAACAGAUCCGUAGAUAUGGCACACGGAAGCAGACUCAGAAAGUUGAUGAACCAAGGUCCACAGAUUUGACUAGCUUGAGGGACUCGGAUGGUAUGGACAGUACAAGUAGCUUGGAGUAUGCUGCUACUUCGAAUGUUAUUGAUCAAGAGCUUUUGGCGUCUUUGAAAAGACAACAGGAAUUGAAUAGUGCGGGCGAAUCUGAAGAGUCUGACGAAGACACCUCGAUUAGGAAGUCCAAAAUUCCGAAAUAUGCACCUUCAGAAAGUGUAACAGAAUUAAAGUUGGACACAAAACAGGAAUUACAUCAUGCAGGCGAAUCUGAAGAAGAAGAUGACUCGAUUAGGAAGUCCAAAAUACCGAAAUAUGACAGAAUGCAUGCGAUUGUUGCAGACAUAAGUAAUAAAAGAAUAAAACCAUUACCAAGUCGAACUACUAUUGAGAAGAUGUGGUCAAUAAAGGGGGAAUCAGAGCAAAGUUUUCAUUACUAUUGCCACGAUAUUUGUACGUUCAUCAAGAACAAAUCUGAUAGUAUCCUGAAUGUCUGGCCGGCAUAUGCCACAGAUGAAGCAAACGGAAUGUGCUUUAUAGUUCAAACUCAAGAAAAACUACCAGAACUUAGCGAUGUCGAUUACCCUGUGUAUGUCAGGCCUAUGAGUCAGUAUAGCAACGAGAACAAAAUAGCAAUGCAAAGGAAAGAAGCUAGAGACAAUAUGCUGGAGUUCAAGGAUGUAAAGCACAUACAAGAAGUAAUAGAUAGGCAUACAUCUGAAUUGUUUAGAUGCCACUCUCAACUCUCAGUAAUCUCUGGCAGUGGAUUUCGUUCCAAAGGCUACGAUGAACAUGACAACAGCAACCACCAAAUCAUACCUGGAAACACUGUUGUAAUGUACGUGAAAAUAAAGGGUAAAGUGCCACUGCUUGAGAAAUUGCUUCCAACAGAAUUAGAUGGAAUACCUGUUGAUGUAAGAGAAGGGGGAUUUGAGAGUGCUAGUUUAAACGCGACCGAUUGCCUUCCAAAUUUACGCAUGGGAUGCCAGAUUGCUUCCGCUGUUGGUGCAGGAACCCUUGGCGGUUUUAUACAUCAUCCAAUGUACGGUCUGUGUGGGACUACAUGUGCACACGUUGUACUCUCCGAUGCUGAAUUAAAAAGCUCAGUCACGAAAAAUUACGGAAAAAGAACAUGGGAAGAAGAUGAAAAGAUCAUUCGUCAACCAGCAAAUCGCGGUAGAAAAGUUGGCAGAGUGACAGAGACCUUCUUCAAAGCUUGCGAGGAGGGCAGUUGCGGGAUCGAUCUGGCUGUUUUUCAAAUUGAAGAGAGACCUCCAAACUCUGGAAAAUUUCCUACAGUCAAGGGCGUUGAAAUAGAUAUGAUCUAUGAAUCUGGUAAGAUGUGUGAAAAAUCACCGUUUCUUCACGGAAGAAAAGUACGAAAAUUUGGAUCUGCUACUGAGUUUACUGAAGGUGUCGUAAACUUUCCUGGAGCUGUGUGUAGGCUAACUCAUGGAAACAAAGAGCAGACUCAACUUUUCAUGAAGGUGAUAGAUAUUUGCUCAUUGGACGGACCUGACUUUUGUUUGCGUGGUGAUUCAGGGGCACUUGUGUUUCAGACAGGAGUUGGUCGCGAUUCGGUUUGUGUCGGUAUGUUAAUCGGGGAAGUAAACGGAAAUGGAAUAGCUCUACCUAUCUCAGAAGUAAAAGAGAAGUUGGGAGUAUCAGAAUUUGAACCCUUUAGACUGUAGUGGUAUAAAAGAUCUUCUUAAUAGCUUGCAUCGAUAAAAAACAAACAAAGCUCUCCAAAUUACUUGCUGAACAGGUUUGCUUUCUUUUAGAUCAAUCUGACUGUUACCGUUUUAUACCCUUUGUUUAAAGGUCAGCAAGUAGUUGCCUGAAUGUGUUUUGACAGCAUGAACACUCUUUUCACGUGCCCUUUUUUUGGAAUGAACAUAAAAAAGUCUGCUUAUGAUGAAAGAUUGGGUUUCUUAUUAUUUUAGCGUUCACUCAUAGACAAACAAACAUGUUAGAGACAAUAUAAGUCAACUUACUGAAACUUUAACAUUAGCUGUAAUUCAAGUAUUGAACUUUAGCCUUAUCUUUUUUUAUACUUAGUGAUCCUCAAAUAUUUCUUUAUAGUGUAAAUACAUAGAAGUAUAGUAUCACCGUUACAUUUAUUUAUUUUUGUAUACAGUUUUUUAAAGUUAAAGACACGAAUACCUACAGAAAAGUCGUAACUGCAACCUAAAAAAAAACAGUAUACCUAAUUCUCGAUAUUCCGUGGUUUCUCGUUCAUUCCGUGGCUCUCAAAAUUACACUUGUGCCACUGUCGCGCAUGUCCAAAGUUUCAGUGCUAAGGAAAAAGAUGGUGGCAUACAAAAACUUUUAUUAAAAUACAAACAUGCAAACCGAUUAUGACAAAAUUGUAGCAACACAUUAAGCCCCCCCCCCCCCACCAUAACUAAAUUCUGAGCAGUGUAAUUUGUCAAGGUACCCUUAACCAUAGCGACCAUCAAUUAGCCAGUCAGAGCCACGGAUACAACGAGAAGCUGCCAGCUGAUCCAGACCAAUGUAGGUCAACAUCAUGAUGUGAGAUUUUUCAUCUUCUGUCAUAUCUUGUUGACUUUUUGACUUAGCAUGGUUAUAUUGAAAGGUUGCAGCUACUUUUGGUUAAAAAACAACAUGUGAAUACCUAACAUCAAAUGCGCAUGUUCAAUUUUGGCAAUUAAGAGCCACGGAAUUACGAGAACACAGCAUACCAAAUUAAAUAGUAUAUAACACAAGGCUUUUGCAUGCAUAUAUUUGCGAAGUGGCUUGAAAGCCAUAUUUAUUUAAACCUUAGUGAACGAUUAGCAAAGUUUAUUUUUGAACUUUUACUCAUGCAUUUCUGCCUUAUACCUUAAUCCGUAUUUAAAGACACGUAAAUAAUUUGAAAGGUCCUCCAAACGUAAAUAGAGUAUAUGUUUGAAAAACUACCCGUUAUACUCAAUAUAAUAAAAUAAUAUAUUUAAACAUAUUUAAGGUGACAAUAAUUGUAUCAUUUUCGAACGAGUGUUUCAGUUAAAUUAUGUAUAAAAAUAUGUUGUUCUUUUUUCUAUUUGGUUGUAAACCUAGAUUUAAGCUCAUUUUCAAAUUUCGGUGUGAUUUGGACUUUGAUUUUGAUUAAGCAUGCCACUUUGACUAAGCAAGCACAUUUGAUUUUCAGUAUUUUCCUAGGUUUUGAAAGACUGAUUUCAAGCAACUAAAUAAAUACUAAAUAGACAAAAGACUUGUACAUAACAUCAUAUUUUCAAUAACCCGACUUUUGUGGUUGCCUGUUGAAAUGGGUUUUGAGUGACGCAUUUUAGACGAAAGCAAAUACUGCCCGUGAUUUUGUCGUGGAACAUAUAAUCUGUAUAAAUAAUGUAAUUUUUACAAGGUUUAGGGCUUCUACUUGUCCUUUUCAGAUUUUUUAUCAAAGUUUUCUUUCAGUGAAGAAGAGUGUUUUUUUUUAUUUCUAAUUUUAAAACAUUUUAAUGCUGUAAAAUUCAUUUGCAUACCUAGGAUAUACUUGACGAAAAGAUUAAAAACAUAACAUCUUUAAAGAUUUAAGGACAAUUGUAAAAUGGCUUUCAUUACGACAUAUCCGAUUUCAGUAUCUUUCCGUUUUUAUCAUAGCUUAGACAUUCUAUUGCUGUGUUUCUAUUGUAGGGUUUGAUUAUCAACUAUAAAUUUCAAUAAAUGUUCAAUUGAAAAUAAUAGCCCUUAAAUUAGGACAGUGAAAAUAUGAGGUAAAUCUGUAGAUCUGUGAUAUGAAUUACUGUUACAGAUUUUACUCAUUAAUAUUUUUGCCUCACUGUUACCCUGCUUUUCUAGCUUGUGCCUUAAAUAUCAAGGUUAUCAAUGAAAAGAAUGGACUAUAUUUUCCUUUUGUUUCACUAUCCUUGCUGCUGAUGUGCACAACAUGAUUUAGAAUUCGAGUUUUUACCAAAUAUAAUUUAUGCAUCAAGACGUGUAUAGUCAUGUUUAUGAAACAUUAGUUUUGCGAUAGUCUAUAUCCAUGUAUGUUUGUAUACAUCAAUUAUUGUGGUAUAGUUCGUCGCAAUUUGACCGCGAUGGUUGACCUUAGGCUGAUUAUUCAUAUAGAUUAUUUCAUUGUAGAAAAUAAGGGGUGCUAAGGGAAGCCGUGUAUUGUUCAGAGUAUGGAAUUAGUUUGUGUACAGUGCACUAUCAAAGUAUAUAUACUUAAAUUUGAUCAGUUAAAACUUUCCAGUACACUAAUUUAUAUUUACAUAAAUAUUUAUUUCCAUUUUCUCGUGCAGCUCACACCACUGCAGUAAAUCUAUAUCACGAUAAAUGUACGUAAAAUUUGAAUUUAUGAAUGCAAAAAGAUGAAGCGUACAUACCUUUUUAAUAAUAGGUUGUGCCUCAUUAUGUAUUAUAAUACAAAGGUCAACCAUCGAGGUCAAGUUGCGUCUACUAUAGUUUUUACGUUUGUUAGUAAUAGCAUGUGUGUACAGAUGUGUUAUAAUAUAUGUAAACAAUGUUAUAAAACAUACUAAGUAGGAAGUGAAAUUGUAUGUACAUUUUGUCUAGGAAAAGGGUUCUAUUUAUUAGUUAGGUUUGGUUGUAUAUACAUUUUUUCUUUUACGUUUCUGCUAUGCAAUUUCCUGACGAUUUCAUGAGCAAACAUAAAUGAGUGCACAGUAGGACACAUUUAUGAUUCCUUAUUUGCACACAUGAAUGAACUUGCGUUUAUGUUCUACAUUUAUUCCUAUCUUUAAAAUUGAGGUUUGAAAAUAUGUUAAUUUAACAUUUGUAUGUGCUUGAUUGCAUGGCUUGUUUUGUUGCAUCUAUUGAUAUAUGCUUCAUGUAUUUUUAUAUUUUGAAUUGCAAACAUAUCGCUUUGAUAUUUUAUUAUGUCCAUUGGUUCUUUGUUUUAUGAAAAGGGAGCAUCUGGAAAGAAUUUAUAAAUGUAUCUAUCAUUACUUUUGAUGUGCAUAACAUGGUUUAUAAUCUGAGUUUAUACUUUAUAUAAUUUAUGCAUCAAGUCGUCUAUAGCCGUAUUCAUAACAUUUUAAUUUUGUGAUAUAGCUAUGUAUGUGUGUAUACAUUUAUUAUUGUUAGGUGGUAGGUGUACAGAUGUGUUAUAGUGAUAAAAUAAUGUUAUAGAACAGUCUAAGUACUAAGUAAAAUAGUAUAUACAUUUUGUCUAGGAAAAAGGUUUUAUUUGUCGCUUAUGUCUGGUUUACCAUUUUCUGCGAUGAAAAUUUCUUGACGAUUUCAUGAGCAAACACAAAUGAGUACCAACAGGACACAUUUAUUAUUCUUUAUUUGCACACAUGAAUGAACUUGUGUCUAUGUACUCCAUGUAUUCCUUUCUUUAAAGCCGAGGUUUGAAAACUUGUUAAUUUAACAUUUGUAACUUUAAAUUCUGUCCUAGUGCUUGAUUGCAUGGCUUGUUUUGUUGCAUCUAUUGGUAUAUGUUUCAUGUAUUUUCAUAUUUUGAAUUGCAAUCAUAUCGUUUUGAUAUUUUUUAAUGUCUAUUGGUUCUUUGUUUUAUGAAAAGGAAGCUACUUAAUGCAUCUAGAAAUAAUUGAUAUUAAAUAUAAUGUCCUUUAUAUAAUUCAAGUGACUACGUCUCUAGAACGUAACCUCUGGUAGGAAUUGAACUUACUUUGUACAAGUGACGGGCCUUACUUGGGUCCGGACGUGUUUUACCUACUAUCAGUUCAAACAGUCACUGCUAUCAAAUGACGCUAGGCUUAACACAUUUGAUAUAAUAUUGAAUAAGUUAGCGAUACAGUCUAUCUUUGGCUCUUGCUAAAUCAUUUUGCUUGAAUUUUGAAGUUGAAAAAUAUAUGAAAUAAACCAGAAUGAAUUCACAAUUUGUUCAGGCGCAUCAGCUCAGCUUCGUUCUUAAACAUUUACUCAGUCAAGUUGAACUGUUCUAUAGAUUAACUCUAACAUUUCAAACGUCAGACUUAAUUGCCUCGUUAAAAUUAUAUAUGGGAAAGAUAACCCAUUUUGUAAAUUGUUACCUGCUACAAAAUUCUUUGUAAAAUCAUGUUUAAGACUGAAAGUUAUGAAUGAUAGAGUGAACUUUGACCUAGUCUUUUACAUACAGUACUGAUAGAAUAUUAUAAAAAGAAACUGUUAAUUAAACAUUUGUAACUUCAGAUUCUGAAUUUGUGCUUGAUUACAUUGCUUAUUUUGAUGCUUCUUUUGAUAUAUGUUUCCUGUAAUGGUGUCUUGAUAAACAUUCUGAACUUAUUAGUGAUUCUUAUAAUUUUUGUGUGUGAUUUCAAUAAAAGCAUUUACCCAGUAA